AUGGAUUACAAAGAAAUACAGGCUGAAGAGCUUGAGGCACUUGGAGUGAUCUACCCAAAUGAGUUAGAAGUUGUGUCCGACAAAUACCCCAAUAUCGCCAUGAGGAUAUCAUUACAAUCUCAUCAGGGAAAAGAAGUUCCUGCUAUGUUCGAAGUGACGUUGAAUCUUCGGUUAGCAGCCGGUUAUCCAGAUGUUGUACCAGAAAUUGAAAUAGUUGGACUGGAGAACACAUUCAGUAAUGAACGUACUGGAAGAGUGCAAAGGAUAUUGUGUGAUGUAGCGCAAGACAAUCUCGGUAUGCCAAUGGUAUUCACCAUCGUAUCAGCUUUACAGGAUGAAAUUGGACAUUUAUUAGAAGACUUAGAAGCCGAAAAAAUAAAAGCGGAGGAAAGAGCAGAAGAAGAAAAAGAAACGCAAGAAAGAAAGAAAUUUGAAGGUACCCGAGUAACACCCGAAACAUUUCUAGCAUGGAAGAAAAAAUUCGACGCCGAAAUACGAGCUGUCGAAGAGAAGGGAAAAGGA